UUUUUAAAACCAAAGUUUUAUUUGAGCUUAGAGGAUUCGAACUAGGGUUUUUGGCGCUUCAUCUUCUCCAAAACUCAAAAAACACACUCUCUUCCCGAUUCGAUCCAUAGAUCUCCAACUCCCUCUGCUUCGUCUUUUUUUCUCAGCUCCCGGCUAUACAGUCAAAUUUCCCUCCAAACUCACAAACCCACACACUCUUCUCACUCACAAUUCACAAUUCACAGUUCACAGUUCAAAAGUUCACAACAACAGCGAUGGCCUCGCGCUUCCAGGCCAUUCCACUGGUGGCGUCGCCGUCCUACCCCAACGCCGUUGCCUGGUCCGACGAGAACCUCAUCGCCGUCGCUUCCGGUCACCUCGUCACCAUUCUGAAUCCAGCAUCACCUUUUGGACCACGAGGCCUUAUCACAGUUCCCAAUAGUGAACCUUUUCCAAUUGGAGUUAUUGAUAGAAAAGAUUUAUUCUCUGGGUGCUUGUUGCCCAACUGUUUAUCUCGGGAUCGUCAACCUUGUGUUCGAUCAGUAUCAUGGUCACCACUAGGAAUGGCUCCUAACUCAGGAUGCUUGCUGGCUGUUUGUACAACAGAAGGACGUGUGAAGCUUUAUCGUCCACCAUUUUGCGACUUUGGUGCUGAAUGGAUAGAGGUUAUGGAUAUAUCAGACAGGCUUUAUGAAUAUCUCACAAGUAUCAGCUUCGGGGAGUCAGAUGUUUCUUGCCCAAAUAAUUCUGACGCAACAAAAGACAUACAUGCAGAAGAUCCAGCUAGUUUUGUUUCCAAAAAAGAGUGUAAGCGAAGAAAAAUCAAUAAGGGCUCUCAAACUACUGGGGACCAAUUACCAUGUCAAGGAAACAGUGAGAAUUCCAAUUCUAGCUCUGGCCCUUAUAUUGAGAGGGAGGGACAAGGAUUAAAAGCGGUGUAUAAGCUUAGUUCUGACAAGCUGGAAGAAGGAAAGUUACAUCAUAUUGGUCCUCUGUCUAAAUGUAAAGCAAAGUCUCUCAAUAAGAUGCAAGAAAAUUGCACGCACCCACAAAUAACUGCGGCGCAGUAUGCUUCUCGCAAUGCGAUGCUAUGGUCACUUGCAGUUGCAUGGUCACCAUUGCUGCAGUUGUCAUCUAAACUCUGUUCAAUUCCUCAAAUUGGCUCAUCUGUUUCUCUACUUGCAGUUGGUGGGAAGUCUGGUAAAAUUUCAUUAUGGAGAAUAUAUGUACCAGAAUGUUACUCUAUUGAGCACAGCAGGGUCCCAACUGCAAACAUUGUUGGGCUCCUUGAGGCACACAAUUCGUGGAUUACAUCAAUCAGUUGGGCUUUUCUAAUUUCUGAUUCUUCAAACCCUCAGGUUUUAUUGGCUACUGGGAGUUCUGAUGGGAGUAAGAGUAAAAAAUGGAAAUUAAUUUCCAAUUUUUCCAUCACUGCUCUCAGUAUGAGGAUCUGGCUGGGCAAUACUGAGGAAUUGUUGAACACAUCAGAAGUUGAUCGCACUCCCUUUUUCCUAUUGAAAGAGGUUAUAACUGCUGAUAGUAUCCCAGUUUCGGUUCUUUCACUUAGUAUGCCUGCUAAGUCCCUACAUAAAAUGCUCUUGGCAGUUGGCAAAGGAUCUGGAUCUUUUGAACUUUGGAAUUGUGACAUAUCUGACAGAAAAUUUGAUAAAAUUGGCUCAUUUGAUGCUCAUUACCAUGCUGUCACAGACUUAGCUUGGGCAUUUGAUGGAUGUUCUUUGUACAGCUGCAGCCAGGAUAAUUUUGUGCGCUGCUGGAUUUUACGUGGUAGUUCUCUCCAUGAAGUUCCCUUCCCUUCAAAUACUCCCCGUCUUAGGAGCUCAACUGAUGUUCCAGAUGUAUUUAUUUCAUGCAUGGGUUUGGCAGUGUCCCCUGGAAAUCUUGUGCUUGUUAUGGUACGCAAUUUGGAUCUUGAACUAUUGGAUUCAAUGUACCAGAAAAAGGCUCAGAAGGCAGUUGUUGAGUUUUUCUGGAUUGGAGGACAACAACAGGAUCUCUUGUCAAAGGCUUCCCCCCUAGUUGAUGUUGUGGAAUUCCCUGCUUUUCCUGAGAAGGAAUUGGCUUAUUGGGAGUCCAAUAUUCUUUGGUCAUUGAAACAAUAUGAACAUUUGGAUAAGCCUUUGGUUCUCUGGGACAUCAUAGCAGCAUUAUUGGCUUUCAAGCAGACUACAUCAAAGUUUGUAGAACAUAUACUGCUUAAGUGGCUCUUAUCUUCAUAUAUUGGAUACAACAUGGAUCUUUCUGCUGAAAAGAUUUUGCCACUUGUCUCUAUAAGAUUAUCAAAGAUCAAUUCUCGCAAGCUGCACCUCCUAAAUAUAAUCUGUAGACGUGUAAUGCUAUCUGAGCUGAAGGCCGAUCAAGUAAACAGUGAAGUGCAGAACUUGGAAGUAUCACACGGUGCUGAAGGGGAACAAGUGACUAUGUGGACAGAGCUACUUCGCUGCAGUGAAAGAGAACUCCGUGAGAGGCUUGUGGGAUUUGGUUUUUCUGCUUUUCUAAGUCUUAAGUCCCAUUCAACCAUAACUGCUUCUCGACCUGGAUAUUGGUAUCCUGUUGGAUUGGCACAACUGGAGCAUUGGGUUGCUCUUAAUCAUGAACGUGUACAGGAUCAACUAAAAGUCUUGUCAUCAGAAGUUGGAAGGCAUGAGAAGAGACUUGAAUACAGUGAACAUGAAGCGGCAGAGCAAUGUAGCUAUUGUUCAGCAUCAGUUCCAUUUGAAUCACCAGAAGUUGGCUUUUGUCGAGGUGUAGAGAGUGAUAGUGGCACUGGUCAGAGCCACAGACUACCAAGGUGUGCAGUUUCUAUGCAGGUUUGCCCUACCACUCCAUUAUGGUUUUGCAUAUGUUGUAAUAGAUGGGGUUCCAGAUUGGCACCCGAGACUCUUUUUUCAAUGUCCGAAUAUCCUUCGGAUUUCAAAUCUUCAACCGAAUCUUCUGUUCUAGAAGUACCCUCAAAACCUUUGUGUCCCUUUUGUGGGUUACUACUUCAGAGACGACAGCCAGACUUUCUACUUUCUGCAUCACCUGUGUAAAAAGAAUGUUCACCUCUAUUUACAUUGCUGUAUUAGUUAUUAUAAAAGCUGUUUAAUUCUGUCUUUUCCAAGGCAAUGGCCCCAACUGCAUGCAUAGAGCUAGGCAGAAUGAAUUAGUAUGUAGCAUAAGGAUAAACAUACUGGAAGCAAAGUGGCAUUUGAUUAUACAUGAAAAUGGGAAGAAAUCUGGACUUGAAACC